AUGGCGAAAUUAAACAUCAAUUCGACCGUUCGCAUGAACUCGGGCUAUGACAUCCCACUACUCGGCUAUGGAGUUUACCAGACACCUAUGGAUGUCGCGGAAGAAGUCACCGCUCAUGCAGUCAAGAGCGGCUACCGUCAUGCCGACUCAGCUGCUGCAUAUCGUAACGAGCAACCCACAGCUGGCGGUCUACUGAAAGCUGGGCUUCCGCGCUCAGAGCUCUUUUUUACAUCUAAAGUGCCUCCGAAGGCUAUCAACUAUGAUGCUGCUAAAGCUGUAGUUGAUGAGUCUCUACAGUUGACUGGAUUAGACUAUAUCGAUCUCUAUCUACUGCACGCUCCUUAUGGUGGCAAGGAGAAUAGGCUAGGUGCUUGGAAGGCUUUGGUUGAAGCUGUAGAGGCAGGCAAAGUGAGAAGCAUCGGAGUCAGUAAUUAUGGUGUGCACCAUCUUGAGGAGCUCGAGGAGUGGAUCAAGCAGACCGAGGAGAAAGAAGGCAAGGGUAAAGGCGGUGUCUUGAGCGUGAACCAAGUCGAGCUGCACCCUUGGCUGGCCAGAGACGACAUUGUCGACUGGUGCACAAAGAGAGGUGUUGUUAUGGAAGCAUAUUGCCCCCUCGUCCGCGCGACAAAGAUUGACGAUCCUCUCCUCACGCCUCUAGCAAAAAGAUACAACAAGACAACUUCGCAGAUAUUACUUCGCUGGGGUCUGCAGAAGAACUUUGUUAUCUUGCCCAAGUCGGUUACGCCUGCUCGUAUCGAGGAGAACAGAAACAUUUUCGAUUUCGAGCUUUCGGAAGAGGACAUGCAGACGUUGAAGACAGGAAAGUAUGAGCCUUGCUCUUGGGACCCCACUACGAGUAGGGACUAG